AUGGCGACACUGAAACUGUUUGUUAUAUUAGCAUUAUGUCUCGCAACAUACGCUGUACCCCAGCUACCACCCAGACCAAGAUCAACAAUAUUCGGAGAUGAGAAACUUGAAGGGCAAAUAUUUGAACAUGCUGAUGUUUUUUCUGACGAAAUUUCUCUACUAAAUACAAAUGCCAAUGCCUACAGAUUACCUAAAACUACAAAACCUGUCCAUUACAAUGUUUUAUGGACUAUCGAUAUGGCUAGGUUGGUCUUCGAGGGAAUAGUUAAUAUAAAUCUCGUAGCAACGCAAUCAAACGUUAAUGAAAUUGUUAUUCAUGCUGCUGAUCUGGAAAUAUUAUCUCUAGAGCUGAAGCAAGGUGACUUAACAUUGCCGCAUACUUACAAUUUGGAGCCAGAUUAUCAUUUCUUACGAGUCAGUCUCAACUCUUCUCUAGAAUACAACCCUGCAAGUCCCGUAACAUAUACGUUGUCUAUCAGAUUUGGAGCGGAGUUGCGUAAUGACAUGUAUGGAAUUUAUAGAAGUUGGUUCAGAAACAACAGCACAGAUACUGAAAGUUGGAUUGCAACGACUCAGUUCCAAGCGACGUCUGCUCGCACCGCAUUCCCUUGCUACGACGAACCAAGCUUUAAGGCGACUUUCGAUAUAACAAUAAGACGUCCUACAUCAUAUAGAAGUUGGUCUUGCACAAGGAUUAGAGAAACUGUAAGCAGUAACACGACUGGGUCAUAUCAAGAUGAUAUUUACUACACAACACCCAUUAUGUCAACAUAUCUCUUAGCUCUAAUCGUUGCCGAAUAUUCCUCUCUAGAAGUCAUGCAAAAUGGCGCCAUAACUUAUGAGGUAAUUGCUAGACCAGCCGCAAUCGAAGCAAACCAGGGUCAAUACGCAUUUGAUGUUGGACAAAAACUGUUAGCUGCAAUGAACGACCAUACUGCAUUAAAUUUUUACUCCAUGAAUCCUAAUCUUAAAAUGACUCAAGCGGCUAUACCAGAUUUCUCAGCGGGUGCUAUGGAAAACUGGGGCUUGCUCACUUACAGAGAAGCGUAUUUAAUGUACGAUCCCGAUCAAACUAAUGAUUAUUUCAAGCAAUUGAAUGCGUACAUUCUUUCCCACGAAAUCACUCAUAUGUGGUUUGGUAAUCUAGUUACUUGCGACUGGUGGGAUUCGACCUGGCUUAAUGAAGGUUUCGCAAGAUACUAUCAAUAUUUCCUCACUGAUUGGGUUGAAGAUUACAUGGGAUUGCCAACUAGAUUUAUAACGGAACAAGUUCACGCAGCUCUUCUAAGUGACUCUACAAAUAACCCUCAUCCUCUUACAAAUCCAGGAGUUGGAAGUCCACAGUCAAUUAGUGCUAUGUUCUCAACAAUCUCCUAUAACAAAGGUGCAGCAAUAAUAAGAAUGACAGAACACCUUCUCGGUUUUAAUGUUCACAGACAAGGACUGCGAAACUAUUUAGUGGACAGGGCUUAUGAUACCGUACUGCCAAUUCAUCUCUUCCAAGCGUUACAAGAAGUAGGAAAUUCAUCCGGCGCUUUCUCCGCUUACGGGCCUACUUUCGAUUUUAUUGAAUACUACAGAAGCUGGACCGAUCAAGCUGGGCAUCCCGUGUUAACCGUAAAUGUCAAUCAUGGGACUGGGGAUAUGACUAUCACUCAGCGUCGAUUCAACAUUAACACUGGCUAUUCCCCAGUCAACACUAAUUAUAUUAUUCCUAUUACUUUCGCAACCGCCAGCAACCCUGACUUUACAAACACUAAACCAACACAUAUAAUUGGAAACGCUGUCUCUGUAAUCAACCGCGGUUCCACUGGAGACCAGUGGGUUAUAUUUAAUAAACAACAAACAGGUUUCUACAGGGUCAACUAUGAUGAUUAUACUUGGGAUCUUAUUACAAUGGCUUUGAGAGGAUCAAAUAGAGCACAGAUACACGAGUAUAAUAGAGCACAGAUCGUAAACGACGUAUUCCAAUUCGCUCGUUCAGGUCUUAUGAGCUACUCCAGAGCUUUCAAUAUUCUCUCAUUCUUACAAUAUGAGACAGAAUAUACACCAUGGGUAGCUGCUAUAACUGGUUUCUCUUGGAUAAGGAACAGAUUAGCUGGUACUCCAAAUUUGGCUCGCAUGGAGGCGCAAAUAGCAAGAUGGGCUAAUACAUCAAUCACAGGAUUGACUUACUACCCAAUUCCCAACGAGUCAUUCAUGCGGUCGUAUCUGCGGUACCAGCUGGCGCCCGUCUUGUGCUCUAUGAACGUACGGGAAUGUAGGAAUGCAGCUAACCAACAGUUCCGCAGGCUCGUUACAGAACGUGUUGAAGUUCCAGUGAACAGCCGUAACUGGGUAUACUGCAAUGGUCUUCGUGACGGAACUGAAACUGAUUUCAAUUUCCUGUGGAACCGUUUCCUGACACACAAUGUGUACACUGAGAAAAUUCAGCUUCUUAUGGUCCUGGGUUGUACUCCUCAUAAUAAUUCCCUUAAUACGUUCCUGAACGCAAUUGUCCAGGAUAACUUUAUAAUACGCCCACAAGAUUACACGACCGCUUUUAAUUCAGCCGUAACCGGUAACGAGGGUAACACUCAAAUCGUCUUCCAGUAUAUUCGGAAUAACCUCGCGGCUGUUAUCAAAGCAUUUGGAUCUGCGACUACGCCACUGUCGUAUAUCUCUUCAAGACUAAGAACGGAAGCUGAAAUCAAUGAGUUCCAAUCAUGGGCGAAUCAAAACCGAAUGGAAUUAGGUGACGACUUUCAAGCCGUGUAUAAUGGUGCUGAAAAUUCCCGUGAAAGUAUUCGAUGGGCAGAGGCAGUGUCAGAAGAUAUUAAUGACUACUUCGUCAACGGUGACUCUAAUAUUGAGCAGAGUACAGCAAACCCUGAAGUAAAGCCUGACCCCACUACUGUAACAGCACCACCUCUAGUUGAGCCUGAAACACCUACAAUUCCCGACUCAGCAGUGACCUCAUACGUCUCAUUAUUCCUUCUUAUUUCGACUAUCCUAGUGAAUAUUGUUGCUUAA